AUUUGCUACUGACACUGACUCUGACUCUCUAGACUAGAGUCUAGCUAGGGGUUUAAGUGAUCGGCUCCCCCCCCCUCCCCCCGCCGUUCGUUCAUUUCUUAACUUAGUUCCAUCUUUUUCUGUUUUGCAGCGCGUCUCGUGCGGGUAGUGAUUAAUUAUUAUCCUUUUGGUUGGCUUGUUGGGUAGAUACAAAUACGUCUGUCUGACUGUGUCUGAUGAUUCCUGCUCAUCCCUGGAUUUGAUCUCCAUCCCUUCCAUUCCUUCCCUUUCUUUCUUUCUUUUUAGGUUGCUUGGCGAUUGGGGUUACUAGGGGUCAUAUACGACUCUAAGAAGCAUAAGGCUUCACUUCUCUUCGUCUUAACCAUGCGCUUCUUUAAGGAGGAAAAGACGACCACCGAAAUCAAUCAUGAGGUCUCUGUGUCCGCCGAGUCUCAGACCAAGGAAGUCGUCUCUGGCCAUGGCGACGGCGUCUUCUACAGCUCAGACCAGUCACGACUGAGUCUGGAAGCGCAAAACGAAAAAGAAAUCGAGGCUCACCCGGACCAAGUCACGAAGGAUGCCCAGCUGGGUGUGCAGAAAGCUGAAGCCGCGGCCCUAGUCUGGAGUAAGAAAGCUGUCUAUGCUACUUAUGCUUGGAUCUGGGUAUGCUUCUUCCUCCUCGCCCUCAACAACUCCAUCAGCGGCACCGUCAUCAACCGCGCCUACGCCGACUUCAAAGCCGCCCCCCAAGUCAGCACAGCCAGUAUCCUCUACAGCAUCAUCGGCGGUGUGCUGAAGCUGCCGAUCGCGAAGACGUUGAACAUCUGGGGCCGUGCCGAGGGUUUAAUCGUGUGGGUGGUCAUCUACACCAUUGGAUUGAUUGUGCUGGCUGCGUGUGAUGGUCCGGAUUCUUAUGCCGCGGGCUAUGUGCUCUUCUACGUGGGCUACUCGGGUAUCUACCUCGUGCUGGAUGUCUAUAUCGCCGAUACGUCCGGAUUGCAGAACCGGGCGUUUACCUUCGCGUUUGCUAGCACCCCGUUCAUCUGCACCGCGUUUACGGGCCCUCUGGCGGGUGAGUCGUUCCUCAAGGUGGCGACGUGGCGCUGGGCGUAUGGCGUGUUCGCUAUCGUUAUGCCGGUGGUGUUUGCGCCGUUGGUGGUGGUAUUGAAGUAUUAUCAGCGCAAGGCGGAGAGUAUGGGGCUAUUGAAGAAGGAGGACAGUGGAAGGACGACAAUGCAGUCUAUUGUUCACUACAUUCAUGAGUUUGACUGUAUGUCAUGCCCUAUUUCCCCUCCACUUUACUCUUAUACUAACGAGCCAGUGAUCGGCGCCUUUCUGCUCAUGGCCGCAUGGGUCCUGCUCCUCCUCCCCUUCAGUCUGCAACAGUACGGACGCGCGCAAUACAAGAGCGCCAAGUUCAUCGCCAUGAUCAUCGUCGGCUUCUGG